GCACUACAACCUAAUGGCUGAGCUCCCUAGAGGAUUUUUCACCCAGCAGUUGAGGCACAUUGUCAGAGUGACUUUGGACACCAACCUGAUGUGCUGCCUGCACCUCGAUUUUUUCAGGCAGGAUGCCGAUUGCGACUAUUCUUUCAAUGACGACUUCGCAAGCUGUCACUCUAUGUUCCGUAACCUUGCUCCAAGGAGAAGUCUUUGGGUUGUCGGUCUUCUGUCGUUGUUUGGGUCUUUGUUUGUUGUUGGGUGGCAGUAUUUUUUCCCUGAUAACAAUGUGGUCCAGUCUAUCAUGUUGGUGAAUCUGGGUAUCUCAGACGGCAUCAUGGGUAUUUACCUUAUCAUUAUAGCUAUAAAAGACCUGCAAUGGUCGGGGGAAUACUACCUGCACGACUAUGAGUGGCGCACUGGUUGGUUUUGUCAUUUCAAUGGCGCCAUGUCUAUCCUUUCAAGUGAGGUGUCAGUUAUGAUGAUUUCAUUGAUUGCAUGGGACAGGCUAAAGAACAUUGUGUUUCCCUACACUUUUGCAAAAAUUACACCAAGCCAGACUCGUAUAAUGUGUACAGUCAUCUGGUUGGUGGGAGGCGUAAUGGCAUUGCUUCCCUUGUCUGCAAUGCACUACUUUGGUGACUCGUAUUAUGGCAAGAACGUAGUGUGCCUGCCCCUGCAGCUUUCCCCGCAAUUACAAAAAGGCUGGGAAUACUCCACUUCCAUAUUUAUCGUUUUGAAUUUUUCUCUUUUUAUCUUCAUAAUGGUGGCUUACAUUGCCAUCUUGUUGAAUUCAUGGUCGUCAAGCAAACAGCUCGGAGCGCAUGGAACUAUUCGUGAAAUACGAGCAAGAGCACAAAGUCCCCAGGCCAAAAGAGAAAGAGCACUUGCCAAAAGAGUCUUCUUCAUUAUUCUGACCGAUUUCCUGUGUUGGCUACCAAUCAUUGCUAUCGGCAUCAAGUCGCACGUCGAGAAAACAUUUGAUCCACCUGGAGAUCUGGCAGUAUGGAUUGCAGUGUUCGCUCUGCCGAUCAAUUCAGCUGUCAACCCAUUGCUGUAUACGCUUUCUACUCCACAGGUAACAGGUUUAUUUUUUAUUACUUUUGAAUAGGGCAUACUGCCAUGUUUAAGUCUGCUUUCGUGUCA